CUUCGAAUCAUAAAACCGACGUCACCGUACUGAAAGAGUUGGAGAUGGCAACUGAAAUCGAGUCCCGGUUCCUCACCAACUUUUCUCCGGGUAUGGAUGACGUACGUUCGAAACUGCAAUGGGCGUCACAGCGUUGUACCACCCAACUUGAAGAUAUCGUCUAUUCGCUUUUCGGCAUCUUUAAUCUUCACCUUACCCAUUCUUUAUGGCGAAACCGCCGAGAAUACGCUUGGCCGUCUCCUAGCCGAAAUCAUAUCGCAGUCUGGGGAUAUUUCGGUUUUGGAUUGGGUCGGAGAGGCGUCACAGUUUCAUAGUUGUUUCCCUGUUCACAUUGCCUCGUAUCAAAUGCUACCGUUGCCUCCACC